AUGCCCACAAAAUGGAAGUUGAACACCGGAGCAGAGAUUCCGGCCAUUGGAUUCGGCACCUGGCAGGAUGCAGAUGAGCAGGAAGAUGCCGUAGCGGAAGCAAUCAAGGCAGGAUACCGUCAUAUUGAUACCGCACAUGUUUACGGAACUGAGAAGGCCGUCGGCAAAGGCGUUAAGAAGAGCGGCGUCCCACGCGAAGAUAUCUUCAUCACAACCAAGUUAUGGAACAACAAGCAUCACCCGGACGACGUGGCACCGGCUUUGCAGCAAUCCUUGGAUGACCUGGGAAUGGACUACGUUGAUCUCUUCCUGAUGCACUGGCCCGUGGCUUGGAAAUCAGGCGAGGACCUCUUUCCGAAGAAGGAUGGGAAGCCGAUUAUGGAGAGUAUCGACAUCGUCGACACGUACACAGCAAUGGAACAGCUUCUGAAAACCGGUAAGGCGAGGGCGAUCGGCGUCUCAAACUUCGACAAGUCCGAGUUAGAGCGUCUGAUCAAGAACAGUUCCAUUGUUCCCGCUGUGCACCAGAUGGAAUGCCAUCCGUGGCUGCAGCAGCGCGAUUUCACAGCAUGGCACCGAGAGAAUGGUAUACAUGUCACGCACUACUCGCCAUUUGGGAACCAGAAUAGUAUCUACGGCGAGAAGGGCAAGAGUGUGACCGCAAAAUUGCUCGAAGAGCCUGUGUUGGCGGAGAUAGGCGAGCAGUAUAACAAAAGUGCUGCUCAGGUUGCUCUUGCUUGGGGAGUCACACAGGGCCAUUCGGUGCUGCCGAAGUCCAAAACACCCUUGAGGAUCAGGGCCAACCUAGAAGGAGACUUCAAACUGAGCCCACAGGACAUGAAGAAGAUCGAGAAACUCAACAAGAAGCUCCGUUUCAAUGAUAGCAGCGAUGAAUUUGGCAGAAUCUUCUUUAAUGAUCUGGAGGGAAAGAAUUGA